CGGCCCCUGCAGACCGCGCCCUCCCUGCGCGCCCGGAACCCGCGGCGGAACCCGAGGGCGGGGGUAGCUGUUUCCCUUCAAAGAGCGGGGGACUCUUAAGGGAGCACACAGGAAAGGCAGGGCGGCGAGCGGGACCAGCCGUGAAAAUCCCUAAGAGAAGAUGCCUGUGUUCUUUAAAACACUUCGAAAUCAUUGGAAGAAAACGACAGCUGGGAUCUGCCUGCUGACAUGGGGAGGCCACUGGGUCUAUGGGAAACACUGUGAUAACCUACUAAGGAGAGCAGCCUGUCAAGAAGCUCAGGUGUUUGGCAAUCAACUUAUUCCUCCCAAUGCGCAAGUGAAGAAGGCAACCGUGUUUCUCAACCCUGCAGCUUGCAAAGGCAAAGCCAGGACUCUGUUUGAAAAAAAUGCUGCCCCGAUUUUACACUUAUCUGGCAUGGAUGUUACUGUCGUUAAGACAGAUUAUGAGGGCCAAGCCAAGAAACUCCUGGAACUGAUGGAAAACACAGAUGUGAUCAUUGUCGCUGGAGGCGAUGGGACUUUGCAAGAGGUUAUUACUGGAGUUCUUCGAAGAGCAGAUGAGGCUACCUUCAGUAAGAUUCCCAUCGGAUUCAUCCCUCUGGGCCAGACCAGUAGUUUGAGCCAGACACUCUUUGCACAAAGUGGAAACAAAGUCCAACAUAUUAUAGAUGCUACACUUGCCAUUGUGAAAGGAGAGACAGUUCCACUUGAUGUCUUACAGAUCAAGGGUGAAAAGGAACAGCCUGUGUUUGCACUCACCGGCCUUCGAUGGGGAUCCUUCCGAGAUGCUGGCUUCUCAGUUAGCAGGUACUGGUAUCUUGGGCCUCUAAAAACCAAAGCAGCCCACUUUUUCAGCACUCUUAAGGAGUGGCCUCAGACUCAUCAAGCCUCGAUCUCAUACACGGGACCUACAGAGAGACCUACCAGUGGAGCAGAAGAGACCCCUCCCCGGCCCUCUUUAUAUAGGAGAAUAUUACGGAGGCUCGCGUCCUACUGGGCACAACCGCAGGGAGCCCCGCAAGAGGUGAACCCAGAGGUCUGGAAGGAAGUGCAGCUGUCCACCCUUGAGCUGUCCAUCACAACCCGGAACAGUCAGCUUGACCUGGCAAGCAAAGAAGACUUUAUGAACAUCUGCAUGGAACCCAACACCAUCAGCAAAGGAGACUUCAUCACUAUAGGAAGUAAAAAGGUGAGAGACCCCAAGCUGCAUGUUGAGGGCACCGAGUGUCUCCAAGCCAGCCGCUGCACUCUGCUGCUUCCAGAGGGCACAGGGGGCGCCUUCAGCAUCGACAGUGAGGAGUACGAAGCGAUGCCCGUGGAGGUGAAGCUGCUCCCCAGGAAACUGCAGUUCUUCUGUGACCCUCGCAAGAGGGAGCAGCUGCUGCAGAGCCUGGCCCAGUGAGCGGGCGGCAGGUGGGCGCCCGAGACUGCACUUUAGGGCACCCUGGGACCAAAAGGGAACCGAGGCCUCCCCUGUCCCUCGCAGUGUUGUCAGAGGACCCCAAGGGCCGGUUCACGGCAAGUAGCACCCCUCCCACCCCCCAACCCCCGUCCCCCUCUCAGUGCUUCCCUUCCCAGCAGCGCAUGCUCGACUCCGCUGUGAUGGCCCGGUCCCCCGUGAAGACCGCUUUUCCUAAGACUAGUUCCAGGAAAUCCCCACCCGCAGUGGCCAGAGAAGGGCUCGACCUCAUCAGCGCCCCCCAGUGGGGAGCAGGAUCCUCCUCUGCGCUGGGGCCCGCGGCCGCCCUGGGGCCAGGGAAGCAAGCCACCCCUUUCCCGCCGCUCUGCCUGUCCCAGGCCCUUCCGCCGGUGCUGCGACUUGGUGAGCUCCGGCUCCGCUUCUUUCAGUUUACUCUGCCCAAGCAAAACACAUAGGGAGAGGUGUGUCCCUCUUCAGCCAUGGCUGAAAUGCUGUCAAGUACUCUAUUCUCCCACCUCCCGCCUCCACCCCACAGUCCUCCUUCUGAAAUGUCGGUUUGCCCGAGAACCACCUAGGGUGCCAGUUGAAAAUUGACUUAGUUGGGGUCCAAGCCGAAUUUAGUAACUCGGUCUGGAGGGCGGAGCCCAGGAAUCUGCACUUUUUAAAAGGCGGGCCACCCUCCCCAGGUGGUUCUACUAGGAGAGGUCCCCCGAACUGAAUGGGACGGUCUUGUAAAGCAGCGGUCCACACACACUGUUAUUCUGCUCAUGUACGUCCUAAAAGUAUUUUGAAAAAUCAUGUAACCCUCCGCAGUUUUAAAUUGACAGCUAAAAAUUUUCAUGGGUAGUUGCCAAAGUACAUACUUUCUAGUGUCAUGUAAAUAUUGAUAUUUUAAAAUAAAACUGUUACAUCACUCUUUUAAACAUUUUCAGUGUAAUUGAGAUAGAUAGCAAUUUGACACUCAUCAACCAUUUACAAAAAUAAACUAGUAAGUUGUUUAGUCAUUGAAAAAUGCCGAUUUUUCUUAUAUGUGUAUUUCCAUACCACUUUCUGCAAAGAAUGCUAUCGUAAUGUUUUUAUGCUUGAAAUUUUUUUUAUUGGAACUAUCUUCUUGCCAACAAAAAAUAUAAAUGGAAAUAACUUUUUUAGUUCAAGUGUCAAUUAACUCAAAAGAGAAUAAAAGUUAUAAAUUAUUGAAAUACAAUUGAUAUUAUAAAUUUUUGAAAAUUAAAAAUUAACAUUUUAUUAGAA